AUGGCAACUAAAGCUGCACACAAAAGAUUAUCAAAAGAAUAUAUAGCUAUAAAAAGCAAUCCAGUACCAUAUAUAAUAGCCAGACCGCUAGAAAAUAAUAUUUUGGAAUGGCAUUAUGUUAUUCGUGGUCCACCAAAUACACCUUAUCAUAAUGGAGAAUAUCAUGGUGUUGUACAAUUUCCAGUUGAGUACCCUUUUAAACCACCAUCAAUUCGCAUGACAACACCUUCUGGGAGAUUUCAACCUAACACAAAGUUGUGUUUGUCAAUGUCAGAUUUUCAUCCAAGUUCUUGGAAUCCUAGUUGGAGUGUCGCAACCAUUCUAAAUGGAUUGCUGAGCUUUAUGACCGGUGAUGAAACCACAACAGGUAGUAUUAAAACAUCAGAUGCUGAUAAAAUAAUGUUUGCUUCAAAUUCACAUCAGUUUAAUAUGAAGAAAGUAUUUCCUGAAUUUUGUAUAUCAGAACCAGUGCUAGUUGAGAUUCUUUACCCACUCAAUAACAAUAACACCAAUAAUAAUGAUGGUCAUGAUAACAAGUCUAGUACAAAUUCAUUAAAUGAAACACCCAAGUCACCCCAAAUCAAUAAUCAAAUCAAAAAACAUCAUAAAAUAAUUACUUUGUAG